AUGGCGGCUUGCAAGAGUGUUGUUGUACUUUGUCCAAACGCACGUCGCCAAACCAUAAAAGUAAACCCUACAACCACUGUCCUUCAGGUAUUGUACUGCUUACAUGUGUUUCUUUAGCUGCAUUUUAAAUAGACGGGUAAAGAUCGUGAUUUAAAUACAGAAUGAAGAACAUGGCGUGUUUCAGAACCGUCUAAAAAACCUUUAAACCAAAAGAAGUCUUGGUAAGUUUUCUUCACAGCCCCCAAAAAUUUAAGUUGCAUUCCAUUUUCAAAUCUAUUCAUAGUAAACGUCUGUGUGAAAUUGUAUGAGAUUGCUGCUUGCAUAAUAAGCUUAUAAAGUACAAUCAUAUGCAUGGGGCUGUGCGGAAAUCCUACUUAAAUUAAAGUCUCGUGUCGGAUUUUUGUUUGUUUGAAAACUGGCGUAUUAUGCUCAUUUUAGGUGCUUGAAGAAGUGUGUAGGAAACAAGGCCUUUCGUCGGAGCAGUAUGCUUUGAAGUUAGUGCACAUUUAUUAAUAUUAUUGGUUAAAAUUUUAAUUGAGUUAUUCACAUCUCAGUAUGUACGGUACAGUCUAACAUAGGACUGCUUUUAUUCAUUUCAUUUUAUUUAUAAAUUCAAUAGAACAGUAGUGUAAACAUAUCUUACCUGUGUCUAAUGAGAGCUGAUUGAGGUGGGUUGUUUCCCACCUAGAUUAGCUUAAUGAUGUUUAUCAGCUUAAAGUUUAUUUCAAGUAGAUCUCUAGAUAUUGUAAUGCACUGACUGCCAAACAAAAUAAUGAUUUCUAGAGCUUAUUGCAUUUAUUCUUAUUUUGGAAUAUUGUCAUUCAGUAGAAUUAAUUAUUUGGUUUCUAGAAACCGAAACAAUUUCUUGUAUAUAGAGGAUAUGACAUGGCUGAAGAUACGAAAUUUCUCUUCAAGCGUUGAAAAAUAUUUCACAAGUAAGCGCAGUUAACGAGUGAAAUAUUUUUUCAACACGAGAAGAGAAAUUUCGUAUCUCCAAGCGGCCAUGUAAUAUUAAUGUUCUAUUUAUUAUAUAAACACCAAUGAAAUACAAACCAUUUCACUUUAAUAGUUUUUUGGUGUGAAAGGCGCAAUUUAUUAUGAAGCCAUAGCAACGGUGAUAUUUUCACAUGUGAAGAUAACAUGUUAUUUUCACAUGUGAAGAUAUCAAGUUUUUACGAAAAAGCUCACUUGUUAUUUCAUUGGUGUUUAUAUAAUAACUAUAGUUCUUUGACGAGAACAUUAUAGAAAGACAAGGGUAUGUGUGUGUGGUCUUCUUGCCUCCAUUGCAGCUGCAAACUUCAAAAGGAAAUUCUCACUCUCUAGUAUCUGUUGAUAUUUUCUCCCACCCCUUAGCGGCUCUGUUUAUUACAUGUACAGUAUUUAUCUGCCAAGUCUGAGUGUAUUUUCUCAUGGUUUUACUACGUCUAAUCUAGUUAUGCCAUAUUGGCAUUUAAAAAACAAAAACUUGUUAUGUGACUGAUCAUUAAUUUAUCAUAAAUAUUGUUCAGUGACAUAAUUUAUAUUUACCAAUUUUAAUUUACAAUUCUUGCUUAUUCUUACUUUGAUGUUGCCUUCUUCUUUUGAUUAUGAUUAAACAAUCACAUAGUCCUCCCUUCUGCUUUGAAAUGAAUGUUAUAAAAGUUGGCAUAAAAUUUGUGACUGAAUGCCAUAAAUCUGAUAAUUUUAAUAAAAUAGUCUUGUUUCUUACCAGAAACCAAAGAAAAAUUCUUGAUGAUACAUUACCUAUCAGAUAUUCUGGUUUGUCCAACAAUGCUCAUUUGGAGUUAGUUACCAGCCAGAAAUCUAAAAAAGGUAAGAAAAUAAGUAAAUAAAUUGUCAGCAUCAUUAUAUGUGUGUGUUCUACCACAUGUAGUUACACUCUUACAAUUAAAACCAAUAAUAGUUGAAAACAGUUACUUUUUCCCCCAUUUUGUGAUGAAAGCAGCGUAUUUGCAAAUCAGGUUGAAGAAAAAUUCGAAACUCAUUUCUGGAAAUUUGUUGAGUGCAUUGGGGACCCAGAAUAAUGAUAUUGGCACUGCUUUGCAGAUUAUUUUGUUACAACAAAGAUGAUUCUGAUAAAAAUAUUACUGGUUAUCCAGUCAUUUUAUGUGUAGUGCAUAUCAAUAAAGUUUAACGUUCUUACCAGUACAGUCCACCUCUACUGUGGGGUUACAGCUGGAGUCAGGGGAAAGGCUUGUGAAGGAGUUUCCCUCAUCAUCAUCUUUGUGGGAUGUUCUAUCUUACUGGGAUUCAAAUCAGGACAGGUUAGAACUCAUUCCGUAGUCAUUGUUGUUAUCAUUAUUGGUCGUUAUUAUUAUUAUUAUUACCAUUAUUAUUAUUAUUAUUUUAGUUAAACCUCUAUGAAGAGGCCACCUAUUAAGCGGCUACUCUCUAGUAAGCAGCCAGUAAUCAAAGUCCCAAAAUAACUGUAGAAAAGAAUGGGAAAUUAAAUCUCUAUUGAACGACUGUGGCCCCUUUUUGUCCAUCCCAACGAGAGGCCUACCAUUGUUGUCACUUCCAGUAAGUGGCCAUUAAGUGCUUGAUACACUUAGUUUGGCUUUAUUGUAAGAAUAUGAUGAAGGAAAAUACAGUCUGAGAUAGAAGGUGACGACCAAUUUUGGACCAGCAAUGCUGAUUCUGUCGUGUGUUUUUUUCAAAAUAAAGUGGUGUUUCUGCUAAAGAUUAUACUCAUGUUAAGCUAAUUUAUGACAAACCUUUAUUGAGCAGCCAACCACCAUUAAGCGGCCACUUGCCAGUACCGUGAGGGUGGCCCCUUAAUGAAGGUUCGGUGAUUGUAUUAUUAUUACCCCUUAUGUUACUCAGUAAACAUUGGUAUUGUUAGCAGUUCUUGUCAUUUAUACACCCUCUAUCAGGUAAAUGACCUCAGACAAGCAACUUUUACGGGAUGUUACCUGUACCAAGCAUUGCUGAUUUCUGCAACUCUGGAACUCAUGGUUUAAUCCUGAGUCUUUCAUCCUCAUCAUCAUCAUUACUUCUAUUAGUUUUAUUAUUAUUAUGAUAAUAAUCAUUAUUGCAUUCGCUCUAGAAUUCACUCCUAAUACAGACUCGAACAAGACUGUAUGGGAAGGAAGUUGUUUUAACAUUUAUUUUUUUGUUUUGUUCUAGUCCUCACCAAGGAAAGAUUAUAAAUCCUACUCCUGAGGAGAAUAAAAAUCCAGUCUGUGUUUAUAUGACUCAAGAGGUAUGAUGAGUUUUGAUUACUUGUCCAAGACUACCAGAUAAGACUUUUUGUCAGCCCUGCAGAUAAGAUUUGGAUAUUGUUCCAAAACAAUAGACCUUUUUAACAAUGCGGUGGCCAUAUUAAAUUUGUUAGAUUUAAGGAGUAUUAUGGGAUGCCAAGGGGCACUCACUCAGUAUUUACGUGCGCUUUUUGGACAAAAAGAGAACUUCACUGUAUAUUUUGAUCAUUAUUACAUCCAAACAUGGCACAAUGAUCUUUUUUCCCCAUUACAAGCUUUUUCUAGGAAAAAUUGGCCUUAACAGCGUGCAUAAAUACUGAGUGAGUAUAUAGGAUGAGUAUAUAGGUGCUCAUGCCUCCUGGGCAUCCCAUAAUACUUCUUAAAUCUAAUUAAUUCAAUAUGGUCACUGUAUCAGUAAAAAGGUCUAUUGCUUAUAUUUGAGAAAAAAUGGUUGUGAUGACGAUUGUUAAUGUCAUUCAGGAUCAGGAGAAAGCUGGCAGGUAUAUGCUGUUUUCUUCCAGUAUCUCAGUAAGUGUACUCAUAAUUCAUUUUACACAGAUCAAGGGAGGAAGCUCUCUGCAAAAUACAACCUUACACUCCUUAGGUCUAGCUGGAAAAAGAGUUGUUAUAAGGUACUUAACACAAUUAUGAUUUUCUAUUAGUUCUUAACUGACCCAAUGGCAACUGAAGUUUUUCUGGGGGAAUUCAUAUUACAGAAGUACAAUAGGACAAACUGUUUAAAUUCCAAAGAAAUUCAUGUGGAUGGAAGGUUGUUUUUCAAACUGAUCUGACUAACAAAGUGAACUUAAUGCAAUUUAUUACUAUUACACUAUGAAUUAAUAAAGCAAGUAAUUAAUUAAUUAAUAAGUAAUAUUGAUAAAUUAAUAUUGAUAAUAAUAAUAAUAAAUAAUAUUUUUAGAGGAAGCUCCCAUCAUUUUUAGUGGUUUUCAGGGAGAUCCUCUGACUAAGAUGUAAUAAUAUCAAAACUACUAAUUACAAUCAAAUAUAAAAAGCUAAUGGUUAAAAAGUUUAAGGGCUAAAAAGGCUACAUGACUAAAAAGACUAAGUGAAAAAUUACAAUCAGACUAAAAGAUUUAACUAUCAUGAAAAUACAAAGGCUAAAAACUAAAGAAAGAUUAAAAUGAAAAUGUUAUACCCAGUAAACUAAAAUAUCUGGCUCUUAAGAACUUCUGAAAUCCUGCUUGUCAGAAUUUUUUUCAGGCUAGUUAAAAUGACUCUUGGUCUAGACAUGCUCCAAAAAAUGGAGCAGCUGAAGGGCAAGUUGUAAAAUUGCCUUUCCUAGCACCUUGGGUUUUCCACACAGCUCAUGCUGGGUAACAGGGAAUUUAUAGGUUCAAGUUUAGGCUUUCCGCAAUAUUUUUAGAGCGCUGUCUUGCAGAUAAUUUCCCCAUCUCCCAAGAAUGUUCAUCCAGUUUGGACUUCCUAGCAUCAGUUUUUAUAAUUCAAUCAACAAUAAUAUUACUUUGUAGGUCUUGUUGAUAUGUUAUUUACUGCAUUAUUUUAUAGGCUAAUAUACAGGCAGUUUGAAGAAACAGCUGAAGCAACAGAAAUUGUAGAAGCAAAAGAGUUGAAAGGUUUUGGAUAAAACUUUUACUUGCUUUUGUUUUCUGUUAGAUUCUUCACUGGUACAUGUAUGUGUGUUUAUAUUCUUUAAUGUUAGUGUUCUUGAAAAAAAAAUUCAUAUCAGCACAACUAACAUCUUGAACCAUGCUGAUUUGGAUAUAAAAUGUUUUUCCUAGAAAGGAAAGGGCCAACCUCUACAAAUCCAGUGCCCAUGACCAAUGAACGAUGUAAAGAGAAAAAGACAGAAGAACAUCAGGCUGUAAACAAAACUGUUGUUACAACAGCAACAUCUACAUCACAAGGCUCAAAUCAAAGAACACUUAGAGAAGUACAGAGAGACGUUAAAACAGAUAAUUCUUCAAAGACGCCAUCUAAAGAUAUACUUGCACAAGGUGAAGUAAAAUUAAUGUCAAACUGCCCCAUAUACAUGGAUCCGCCACUACUCCAAAUGCUUCUUAGAGAGGGGAAAAAAUCAGUCAACACUACAUUGUGGUAAAUGACAAUUACUGCUAUUCAGCUUCUGAAUGUGUAGAUGUCCCUCUUGAGUGUUUGUCGCCAAGACAUUGUAGGCUGUCUUUAAGGCUCCCUGUUGCCCAAUAUAAUUUGAGUCCCUCAAGUCGUGACCCAUCCUUCCUAAAUAAUUGCUGUCCACCAGUUUGGCAUAAUAAUUUAUACUGAUAAGAAUUUCAAAUUCAUGAAGCAGAAGACCUUGUUCUAGGUUUCUGUUGUUAAACUGUCAUCUAGGACAUUUGCUAAAAAUACAUAAUAUUUGGAGGAGGCAGUGUGGCCAAGUGGUUAGAGCACUGGACUUGCAGUUCAGAGGCCCAAGUUCAAGUCCCACUCUGACCGCCAGUUGGAUUUGGUAUGGUAGCCUCAAGUUCAAAUCCUCGGCCACACUUGUAAAAAGCCAGCUGUUUUGCCUCCGGCCAGUUGGGAUUUUUAACCCUGUUAAGUUUCAUGGACAGUAUUAUUUUUCUGGUAUUUGCUGGGCCCCACUAGCAUUAGUGCUAUAAUUACUGCUGAGGACUAAUAACGGAAUAUGAUUGUUAUUUUUAUUAUAAACAGAAGGUGUAAAGGAACCCAAGAGAGCAAGGAGAAGCUCACCCAAAGCUCCAUUUGCUGAUUUCAAAGUAUGCAAUUUAUUGUAGAUGAAAAAUAUUAAUGAUUAAUUAAUAUUAAAUUAUUAAUAUGAUUUAUCUUCUUAUUUUUGCAUGCAAACAAUUUGUACACAUUUUCUUGUUUCUUCACAGCAGAUCGAACACAAUGUGUCUUUCUAAGUUUCUUCACAUUAAUUUUUUAAUUAUGCCUUUAACGCUUCAUUUCCAAAUAUAUAUAUGUAUAUUUCCACUGCUCUCUAGGCACGUCUUAUGCCUCUCAUGAGGAGGUACUCCAGAUUUCAAGAGAUGGGGAUGAUCGAAGAAUUUUUUUGAGUUUGAAAUAAAUUUUUGAUUCCGGAUAUUAUGGGUAUUCAAAACAAUCUGAAGAUUCAUGGUAAUGCCCGCAUAUGAUAACUUGACAUGGUAUGAUGAAGAAACAAACACCAAUGUUCAAUUUCUAAUGUUUUCCUUUUAAUAAUAUAUCAUUAAAUUUUAAUGCCUUCUGAAAAUUUUUAAGGCUUGUAAAUUUGGCAUGGGAUCUUUUGGGGUCUUGUGUAAGCCCUAGUGAUUUUCUUGAGUUCAGAUUUUUGGCCUCAUUUAAUCAUCCCCAUCACUUGAAAUCUGGAGUACCCCGGGUGUUAUCCUUGGUGACUUUUUUGUUGAUUCGUGUGGCCUUUAUGCUGAGUUAACCAGUGAUUUUAUAACAAAUCCAAAAAUGAUGGCUCACACUGUUUUGGCUUAAGGCAUCUUCCUUGUUUUUUAUUGACUGUUAGUUCCCUGAGGAGACUGCUGGAAUGGACUUGAUCCAGAGAGAAAAGUGAGUGGAUCAUUAUUGUCAGGUUAUUAAUUUUAUCUAUUCGAAAAUUAUCUCAAAGAAAAGAAAAACCCAUCCUACAGGAUAAGCCUUACAAAACUACAUUGUAAGAUUAAGGGCCUAAAUACUAAGAAUCAAACUGGAAAGUACAAAAACUGCAGCAUAGCUAUACCUGUAGAGGACAAAAUGUGCUUGGUUUGCAAACAAAACCAGAUCAAAGAUGAACAACACUUUUUGAUGUUUUGCGAUGGGUAUAAUUUACUGCGACAAAGGCCAUUUAUUUGUAAUUCAUUAUGAAAAGAAUGUCUCUUUAGUGAAUCUUUAUACCCAUGACAAAAUUAAAAUAUUUGUUAACAGCAGACAACAACAAUCCUUGGAAAAUUAUUGCCAAAUAUAUUAAUCUUAUGUUCAAAAAGAGAAAAGAAUUACUGAAAAUGUAACUUGAUAGAAAACCUUUGAUUAUUUUAUUUUGCAUGUAUCAUUAGACAUUAUUGUUACAUUAAUGUAAAAGAACUUUAUUGUAAACAGACCAAUACCUCCUUAUGGAGAGUAAGGCACAAUAAAGAUUUACUCUUACUGUUACUGGUUACACUGUACCUACUACUUGAUAAUUAUUGUUUGGUCUUUAAAUACUUUACAAAUCUUUUUAAGAGGCAAAAAUAUAUAAGUCGGUUCCAUUGAAGCACAGUUUAAUGUACCAAUCUCUUAUAAUCUUUCUUUGAAAAAUCACACCUCAUUCACACCUACACUUUUACAUACAGUCAAAUCUCCAUGUGGAAACACCUCUCAAAGUCGAAAACUCCCAUAAGGGAACAUCCAAAUUAUUUGGUUAUUCACUUGUGGCAGGUUUCGACUUUAAGUAAAUAUUUACAUGUAUAACAUUUUUAACAUUACCUGUACUGAAAUAAUAUUUCUGAAAGAGAGAAUAGAUUAUUCUCUCUUGAUUUCUAACGAUACUUAAGUACUGAUAUGUCUGAAAUGUGCACUCACAGAAAACAUUUCUCACUCAGUGUCCAUCCUGACCACUUUUCUUUCUUUUUAUUGUUGUUUAAAUUCUCUUUCUCUUUUUCUUUCUCUCUUUUCCUUUUGUCAGGGCUGACUCAUCACGCAGAGAGUUUUUAGCUUCAACAUGUGACAGGCAGCCUGUUGUGUUCAGUGAAGAAGACCCAGCCUCACCUAAACCUGUUGAAGGUAUGUGUCCGCUUUAACCCUCUCCACUUGAAUGGGUUUCAAAGGAAAAACUUCUUGAAAUUCUCAAACUUUAUAUUGUAAAAUACUGGAAAACAAUACUAUCAGGUGAAGACACUGCCAAAGAGCUUUCAUUUUAUUGGUUACAUCACAGGGUUUUUUUUCCUCAGUCUCAAACAACCACCACUGGGGUGUGUCAACAGUGAACACGAACCGUGUACGACUUUAUUUUGCCUAUACACGGAAAAUAAUUAAUAGUGAAUGUAAUAAAUACGCGGAAAUUUUGAACAACUUAUGAUAUUAAAACUUACAAACCAAUCUGAACCAUGCUUGAACUGUGAUGACAAAAUGUACAUGCCAAUUCUUGUAGUAGCUUGCUUGAAAAUACUUAUAUGAAAAAAUGGUCGCCCUUUAUCAGUGGGUAUUUAAUUUUAAGGGGGUAGGGACUGUUGUAUGACAUGAAUGAGUACUUACGAAAGUAAUGUAGUAGAAUGUACAUGUAUAUCCCAGCCCUCUGCUAUUGAAGUAUUGUUGUUACAGCAUACCAUGAAACACCCAUUAUGAUGAUAAAACACAUGUUACCCGUCAAAUAUAGCGUUUUGAAGGAUAUUCUUCUCACACACCGCUCAAAUUGCGGUCCUUUCGCGCGAAAGUCGAUUCGUCUGAUUUAUAUACAACACUCUACAACAAGAUAAACCUACUUCUCCAAGAUGUCAUUUUAGUUAACCUUGGUUUCCACAUGUGCAGUCACCCUCUUUCAAUGCUUAUUCCUUUUUCUCAGGCUUAAAGAACGACAAAUACACUUUGGGCGAAUCACCUUAGUCUGGGCGAACUGCCAUCAGGCGAAAAGGCCCGAUCCCUGCUAAUUUGCGUCCCUGGUAGUAUCCCCGAUAGUUCGGGAUGAUUUUUGCCUCAGUGUCUGGAUAUUCAGUGGGCGGAUCCAGGGGAGGGGACCGGGGGGCGCCCCCACCCCCCUUAUCUGACGGUCUGGAUCCGCCACUGAUAUGUGCACCCUAACAUUUACAUGAUCCUCAUCUCACUGCAGCGCGAGGUUGAAAAUUCAUUCCCGGGUGAAAAAUCCCACCCAGGUUAACAUUCAUCUUACCCAGCCCUAGACAAAGAAUUCAUCUCUCUCCAUUUUACUAAAAUUGGGCACUGCCUACAUAUUGCUGGGAAACUUGGACUAGCGUCCCUCCCAAGAGCGAGUUGUCACACCCCUAGGUGCUUUAUGUUAAACAGGGGACAAUCUCCGGCUGUGCUGACUUAGCUGUAAGGCUUCUUUUCCUUCUGUUUAACUUGGCAGGUGAGAUUCCUGAUUCGUUCUUUGAAGUGUCAGUUGAUGACAUCCGUGUAAUGCUAAGAGAUUUGAAGAGCGAAAGGUACUAAUAAUGUGGUGUUUGAUCAAACACUAUUUUUUCUGUUACCGGUAGUCCAGUAAAUUGAUUCCGGCCCUUCAAUAGGUGACUGUUUCUCAUCGAUUAAUAGAAUCCGCCUUGAGCCAUCCUAGUAAUGAUGUAUGAUUGACACACCUGGAUUUAAUCAACCUUGCCCUGCAUACCACUUCAGCAAGGUCGAGGCUUGGGUGGAUGAUUUCAUACAAAUCACUGUAUUCUGUCAACCUAAGCGUCGUGUUGGUGCCAUGGUCAUAUUGAGAAAUGCGGUAAAGAUCAGAAACCUUCAGGCCAAACCAUAAUCAAAAGUUUGAGGUUGUAGGAUUGAGAAAAGUGCCUGAACUGCAUGGGGAACAAGAUAAGUACCCCCAGGGUUCCACCCUUGUCCCCACUGCUUUUCCCUUUAAAAAAAGGGAGGGACCCCUCUCUCCCCUCCCUGGGGACAAGGUUGCCCUGGUAAGUACUCAGGUAUCUCCUUGACCUUUCGUUCACAUGCGUGGUCGUGACACGUAGUUGUCAGUGCACCUCUGUGGUAACAAUAUUACUGAUUGGAGGAUUAAACUGUACUGUACUGUAUUGUGCUGUACAAAGCUAUUUAACUAGUCCCCUGGGUUCUGCGCGCGUUUCUCACCCUAGGAAUUGGAGCAAUCCCAAGCCUCGCGGACCUGUCGUGCUCAUGCAAAGGGGAUAACUGCACAUAUCUGUAGAAUAUUAAUGCCUCUUUUAUUAUUGUUCUUGCGUGAAUAAUAGAAAUCAAGCGGGCAGUGCCCCUCUUAUGACAAGAGCCAUGCGUGAAACGCGAGAAGAAGCAGAAAUGUAUAAAUAUGACAAGGUAUAUUACUUUAAAACUCGACUCAAAUGUAUAAGUAUGACAACGUAUAUUACUUUAAAACUCAAGGAAUUUAUAACCAGCAAUUUUCUAACACAUAGCCUGUGUAACAUGUGGAAUUAGCGGUCGAGUGCUGUCGUGUUUUCGGCGGCGGAGCCCCAGGAAGAUCAGUAGCGUGUCAAAUUGAAAGUACCCCGUGCAUAACAAUCCUGCCAGCUAUGCAGGAUAUCUUAUACCUACAACACAAUCAUAGGCACCCAAUGAUAUGCAGAAGGCACAGUAACUGGAUGGUAUCUGAUUCUGAUGAAGUAUAUUAUUCCUACAGUAAUUCCUGUAUUCUUCUUUGCAGGUGGUUGUGCGAGUUAAGUUUCCUGACAGACUGAUUUUACAAGCGUUUUUUAGACCAAUGGAAACAGGUAAAAGUUUUGUGGUAAUUUUUUGAAAAUUGACUUUAUUGUUAAGCGAUGCAUGAACCUUCCCCACCAUUUUUAGAUUUUUAGUGAGACUGGAUCUGGAUUGUGUCAGUUCUGGAGUACAACGCAACACCAACCCUGGCCAAUACUGGCCAGUACUAUGUGAACAAGAGCUAAUCUCGUACCUAGGUCUCACUCUAACGCGUGUCUAUGAACGGAGUAUGUGGCAGUUUACCUCCUGGUCAUAGACACUGGCUCAUUGGUUCAGAAGUCAAAUACCUACUCCGCUUUUACAUUGUCUGAAGUGUCGAAAUUUGUUGUCGCUAAUGAUUAUUUGUUCUUUAGUUUCAGCUGUCACAGAACUUGUCAAAUCUCACUUACAAGAUCCAAAUGUAAAGUUUUAUUUGUGUAAGUUUAGCCAUUUGUUUUUUCUAUGGUUUUUGUAUUUUAAACCGUACAUUAGGACGAGGUGUUGUUUAUUAACUUUGAACUUCUAUUUUUCCCACAGACAUCACACCACCGAAAAAAAUGCUCGACAAGCCCAAUGCAACUUUGUUCGAAGUGAGUGAUUAGCCUGUUGAUCUCUACUGCUGUAUAGACCGCAUUUCCUUUAAAAAUCCACACAUGCGCCUCCAGUCAUAACCAGAGUUUUCGGUACUAUGGCUUUGUAGCGGGGCGACUUUGUAACCAAACGAAACAGCAAUAGGGAAGGUUAUAUUGAUGCCUUGACCUUUUUCAAUGAUUUCCUCGCUUAGAUAUCGUGAUAUAGUUAAAUGAAAAAAAAGCACUUUAUUUGAGAGUCAAUGUACUUAGCAUUAAAGCACUAAUUGGGGACACUGUAUUUUUACGUCUCCUAGUGUAGACGCGACAGCCUGUUUACGUGGUCAUCCGAGCCACGCGAAGGUCUAGCCAUUUGCAGGGCAAAGGCAGUACCUUUGGUCCGAUCCCGGGAAUUGAACCCGCGACCUCCCGCUCUGCAGUUGAGCACUCUACCGACUGAGCUAGUCCUGCCGCGGUUGAAAGAAAUAUUUUCAUUUUCAUUUCGCACUUUUUUUUAGAACAAAUUAUAUCCGGCUUCAGUUAUACACUUCGGAUGUCAAGAAAAACGGGGUAAGAAAGUUGGUUUUGGUGUUCUGUAUGUAGUACAGUGGAACCUCUAUUUAGGGGACACCCUUGGGACCGAGGAAAGUGUCCCCUGAAUGGAGGUGUCCCCUGAAUAGAGGUUAGGGCGGUUUUUGUUUAUAGGGACUUUAAGAUCCGAGGAUGCGACAGCGGCGAAAACGUCGGCAUAAAAGAGAUUUAACUUGCGCUCUUUCAGUCUUCAUCGCGACUUUUCUUACCCACUUACUUUGUCAAAUGUAGGUGAACCCCCUCAGGAGUUGAAUUCGUAAGAAUCAUGUCCAACUUCAGAAAGAGAAAUAAAAUUUCUUCGGCGCUUGUUCACGCGCAGUCACUCCAUAAAACGUUAAAUUGGUCAUUUUCAGGCCGUAUUCGUGCAGAAACGGCAACGAAAUGUACAAAAAAGGGUGCAAAAUUUUUUUUAUUGUUGUUUUGCUUAUUAAACCCAUGGCUCUUUUUGACGAACUUGUUGCCGUCGCGUCGUCAGAUCUUAAAGUCUCUAAUAAUUAACCAACGAAGUCAAUGUAAAAACAAUCAUCAUUGACUCAUUUCUGCGACAUUAUAUGUUAAAUUCACACAGGUGCAGUACAUUGAUUUAAGUUAGAUAGUUCAGUUCAUGAAAGCUGUCAGCAUGGUGACUAGUGUACAACUAAAGAAAUCAACCCUCAUUGUGGUCAGACAUUUUUUGAGUGCUAAGGUGUCCCCUGAAUGGAGGUCAAACUCAGGUUUUGGGACCCAGAACAAGUCCCCCUUCCCCCUGAAUAGAGGUGUCCCUUCAAUAGAGGUAACAAAUACAAAGAUUAUGUGAAAAUUUUCCUAGGGCCAAAUUUUUUGUCCCCUGAAGGGAGUCGACCCUUGAAUAGAGGUGUCCCAAAGGAGAGGUUCCACUGUAUACAAAACGCAAUUCUCCCCCCAUCUAGAACAUUGUUAUUUUUUAACUUUGUUCCUCCUCUUUUCAGAACACUUCCUAGCGAGCAGAUUUGUAGAAAAUCCGUCGACAGUUGUGGAUGCCGAGAAAAUUGUUAUAGAAGCUGGGUAAGAGCAGGCCUUUUCCUAGGUGUAAGUGAACAGCUGUAGCGGAAUGGGACAAUUAGUUGCCCUAAGGUCCCUAGCUCUGUUUGUUUUUUUGUCUGCUGAAUUCUGCCUUGACCAAGUUCAUAACGGUGGAAGCUUUCUCCUUAGUUGUAAUUAUAAUGACAAUAGCAACGAAAAACUAUCUUAACGUUUUCGCUCCCAAAGUGGAUGAUGGAGUCUGGUGAAAUCCUUUGGUGUUGCCAUUCAAAUGAAACCUCUUCAGCAGUACUUUCACAUACUACUAUUUAUUCAGCACCUAGUUCUAACUUUGAGUCUGUGGAUGAAAUCCUAUGAUGUGACCAUUUAAAUGAAACCUCUUCAACAGUACUUUCACAUGGUACUAUUUAUUCAGUAUGUAGUUCUAACUUUUGAGUCUGUGGAUGAAAUCCUAUGGUGUUACCAUUCAAAUGAAACCUCUUCAGCACUACUUUCACAUGGUACUAUUUAUUCAGUAUGUGGUUCUAACUUUUGAGUCUGUGGAUGACAUCCUUUGGUGUUAUCAUUCAAAUGAAACUUCUUUGGCGGUACUUUCACAUGAUAUUUUACAAGAUGAAGUUUGAAAUUUUGUUAAAGUUUAACUUUGGCCACGUUUGUUAGUGAAAGGGUCAAUAUUGUACGCUGUUUCUGCCGUGAUAGCCCUUAAAACGCCUGCUUCUUUCGUUUUCUUUAUUUGCAGUGUAUUGUCAGUUCGAGCCUCUCCCAGGCCAGAUAUCGGUGACUCUCUUGUCAGCUCAUCCACGGCAGAGCCAGGGACAUCUUUUGCCCCUUACACGUCACGUGACGAGCAUGAUUCUUCCUCUGGUAACAGGCCUCGUGUUGGAGGGGCCAGUAAAGGACCGAUCCCCAAGUGGUUUAAAGGAACAGGUAAAGGAGUAUUAUUAUAG